GCGGGCCAUGACACCUCUCAGUCUUCUCUCUGUAUAUACACGUGGUGUUUAAAUUGUUUGAUUGAUCAUAAUAAAAAGUGCCUAAAAAAAUUUCUAUGUCAAAAUUAUAUUUGAUUGUGUCAUUAGUAUUUUAUCGUGUAAAUAAUAAUAAAGAUGUUUGUGCUUGCGGAAUUAAAAGACACCGUCAGGAUAUUACCGAGCAACUUUAAAUACAAAUUAAAUGAUGUUGUUGCUGAUGAAUUAAACAGAAAACUCGCUAAUAAAGUUUACAAGGAUGUAGGUCUUUGCAUUGUGUUGCAUGAUAUUACGAAGAUCGAAGAAUCAUAUAUUUUUCCAGGAGACGGAGCUUCCCAUACAAAAGUGACGUUUCGAUUUAUCGUGUUUCGUCCAUGGAUAGAAGAAAUAUUAAUAGGAAAAGUUCGCAGUUCUAGUUCCGAAGGUGUACAUGUUACAUUAGGAUUCUUUGAAGAUAUAAUUAUACCACCUCACAAGUUACAACACCCAUCACAUUUUAAUCAAACGCAACAAAUGUGGUUUUGGGUAUAUAAGACUGAAGAUGGAACGGAACAUAAUUUAUAUAUGGAAACAGGAGAUGCUAUACGGUUCAGGGUAGUAGAGGAGAUUUUUGCAGAGACACCUUUACCAUCUACAGUUAAUACUCGUGAUGUAAGCGAAAUACCGGAAACCAAUAAUGUUGCACCAUAUAUUUUACAUGGAUCGAUUGACGAACCUGGUUUGGGUUUACUUAUCUGGUGGAAAGAUGUAUAAUACAUCUCAGUAGGGAGAAUCCUAAAUAAAAAUAAAACAAAAAAGGUAUGAUUAUGUAAAGUACAAUAAAUUCUGGUCAAUAAAUUUUUAUUUUACAGCAUA